AACCAAUCCCCCCAGCAUAUAAACACGGGAAUGAGACAUACAAACCCAUUUUUAAAGGUUUUGGGUUUGUUUUUUUUAAAAUCUCUACCAACCACUUGUGGGAAGUUUCUUGCUAGUACUGGGACUAGUACACCAGACCAGAGCAAUCCCUCUCCUGGAGCCCAGGUUAUCCUCUCCUCCUGCACAAACAUCCUCUGAAGACCGAAGAUGACAACAGAUAUGAUAGAGAGCAACAACACCAAAUCAAGCGCUCCCCUCCUGUCUCAGCGGUACCUGAGGCUGGUGACCAAGGACGGCCACAGCACAUUCCAGAUGGCUGGUGCCCAGGGCAGAAGUGUGGCGUACCUGCGAGACGUGUGGGGAAUACUCAUGGACAUGCGCUGGAGAUGGAUGAUGCUCGUCUUCUCAGCUUCCUUUGUCAUUCACUGGCUGGUCUUUGCAGUGCUCUGGUAUCUGCUGGCUGAGAUGAAUGGGGACCUGGAGCUGGACCACGAUGCUCCACCUGACAACCACACUAUAUGUGUCAAGUACAUCACCAGUUUUACAGCUGCCUUCUCCUUCUCACUGGAGACACAACUCACGAUUGGCUAUGGUACCAUGUUCCCAAGUGGGGAUUGUCCCAGUGCUAUUGCACUGCUGGCAAUCCAGAUGGUCCUGGGGCUCAUGCUAGAAGCCUUCCUCACAGGUGCUUUCGUGGCCAAGAUUGCACGGCCAAAGAACCGGGCGCUCUCCAUCCGCUUCUCACACUCUGCCGUGGUCACACACACCGACGGGAAGCCACACCUCAUGUUCCAGGUGGCCAAUACUCGCUCCAGCCCCCUGACCAGUGUCCAGAUCUCUGCUAUACUUUACCAAGAACAAGAGAGCGGGCAGUUGCACCAAACUAGCAUUGACUUUCACCUGGACAGCGUCACUGUGGAGGACUGUCCUUUUUUCAUUUUCCCACUGACAUACUACCACUCCAUCACUGCAUCCAGCCCGCUGGCUGCUCUCCUUCAACGAGAAGCUCCUCACCACUUUGAGCUUGUUGUCUUCCUGUCAGCUGUGCAGGAGGGCACAGGAGAAACGUGUCAGAGGAGAACAUCCUACCUCCCAUCAGAGAUCCUGGUGUACCAUCGCUUUGCCUCCCUGCUAGCCCGCAAUGCCAAAGGUGAAUACCAGAUCAAGAUGGAGAACUUUGAUAAGACUAUUCCUGAGCUCUCAGCUGCAGCUGACUCAAAAAGUCCAAAAAGGACUGACAAGGAGAUCCGCAUCAAUGGACAGCAUACCGACAGCUUCCAGCUCUCUGAGACUGGCCUCACAGAGUAG